GAUAGAUAGAUAGAUAGAUUUAAUUAUGUGAAGGCUGAGGGAAUUUAAAACGUCGCAAUGGUUUUAUUUUGAAACUCCGGAGCGGCACUUCCUGUCAGCACAGGUAGCUUGACACGUAGCUGCACUGAGUCUCCUUGCUGCCGCUGAUAAAACGGUCCAGUGCAGGACUUUCUCCUCCAUCACUUCCUUCUUUUGAGCAAUGUGUUGUCAAGCAGGGAGGUGUGAGGAGCGUGGCUCUUCACUCCGCCUCGCUGCUCCAGAGUCAUGGCGGAGCGGACAGUGAGGAGGAAGCAGCGAACGGAGCUCAGCGGCUCCCCAGAAGCGGCUCAGACGAGGAAAGGAUCCACGUUACCUGCAGCACGACCACAACUACUGACGGAGUACAAUGGUGACGGCGUCUAAACUUUUCCGCACGUCUUCAGCUCUUGUCACGGAUGGCCGGCUUAACUUUUCACUGACUGACAUUCUUCUAAUCUGGAUGGGAUCGUAGCGACGCAGAGUUUGUUCUGCUUUUCUCCUCUUGCAGGACGUCUGUCCGGUAAAGCUGUCUGCCUCGGGCGGAAAUCUGGCGCACUGUCCCGCAGUGGCUCGUAGAGCGCCUCUUUAAUAUUUCAAAGCCGAAUCAGUGGAGCUUAACAUGGGGGCAAAGCAGAGCUGCCCGACUGCUAAUCCAGCUGCUAACGGACGGACCAGAGCCUACUCCGGCUCGGACCUGCCUUCCAGCACGUCCAGCAGUAACGGCAGCAACAUUGCCAGGACGACCGGCGGGGGGUGAGACCAUGCGUACGGUGCGUCCGGAGCCUCCGGAGCCACGUCCAGCACCAACCAGCAGCUCGGAGCCAGGGCCAGGUCUGUGGGGGGCUCCGGGGGCUCCGGUCCCAGACCCCAGUCCGGCAUCAACAUUCCGAACAGCAGCGGAGCCUACAGCUCCCCGGAGUCCGGCGGCAGCAGCCCGGAGGAGGCGGCGGACAGGGAGCGAUCCGGCGGAGGACAGGAGCGUCGGCGGCUGCUGAUAGGAUCAUUACCAGCACACCUCUCACCUCAUCUGUUCGGAGGCUUCAAGUGCCCUGUGUGCUCCAAGUUUGUGUCAUCAGAUGAGAUGGAUCUUCACCUGGUUUUGUGUUUAACCAAACCCAGAGUGACAUACAAUGAGGACGUCCUGACGAAGGAUGCUGGAGAAUGUGCAAUAUGCCUGGAGGAGCUGCAGCAGGGAGACACCAUCGCCCGCCUGCCCUGCCUCUGCAUCUAUCAUAAAGGCUGUAUCGAUGAGUGGUUUGAAGUGAACAGAUCAUGUCCCGAGCAUCCAUCAGAUUAAAGCUUUUUUGCACAGGUACCACACCAUGAGAGGGAUCUACGAAAUGAAACUGUGGAUCCAGAGAGACUGCUGGACACUGUGACCACUGUGAUCAGUUACACCCCCCCCCCCCCCCCCCCCCCUCCAACCACCCACCCAAUAAUGUAGUACCACAGUGUGCCAAAUCUCAUUUAAGCAAUCUUCAGGGAUACAGACUUUAUGUUUAUGUUUGAGUUGCACAUCACGCUCAGUCUCUGAGUGGACGGACUCACAUCCACCUCACAUCCUCUCCAACCCUGAUAGGCAGGGCAUUAUGGCAGGCAGGGCUCUUCUUCCUGAGAGGCAGAUGUCUCCUGAUUGUACACCAGGACAGUGCACCAGGACGGGAGGAGUGGAUGUGGUCGUGGAGGGGGUGUGAUGGUGGGUUACCCCCUCCGAUUUCGUCCCUCCCCUCCUCUUUCAGCAUCAGUGUCUCCCAGUGCCUUGUUGCAGUGACGGCCAGCACCCAGCAGGGUGGGACAGAGGAGUCCAGACUGGACCAGCAGGACCAUCUCACCACAACUGCCAUUCUACCACAGCAGGAGAAACAAGCCAGAGACGGUCUGUCUGCAUCUGCAGCUUUUCAGAACUGAUGAACUGUUGCAAAAAUGGUGCCAAUCAACUGUGAAUAUUGUCAAACACACAAUCAUCAGUGCUUUUUGAUCAUUAACCAUGAAUGGAGGUCUUCAGGUACAAAAACCUGACCCUAACAGCUACCAGCCUAAAUACUGCACCAGGAUAAAGAAGAAACAGCUCAGUUUCUUGCUAGAAUGAAAAAAAAAAAGUUCUUGUUUGAACUUGAUCCUCUUUAUGUCAUAACGAGGUAUUUUCAUGUGACAACGAUAUGCGAUGGCAUGAGGGAGCUGCUCUAUAGUAUAUCUAGCAUAGAUCUGAAUUUAAACCUACCUCCCACCAAUUAAAUAAUUCUAAUUGGACUGCAAUAAAAUGAUUAACUCAACAACAACAUAAAUAGCUCAAACAUAUACAAAGCACAGAUAACAGCUUAAAACUAAUGGAAUCUUGAAAACUAAAGCAACAAAAAAUUUAAAAAGACAUAUUUGAAGCAGUGAUUUAAUAUGUUAGUGACUCUGCAAGUCUCAGAUGCUCAUAGUUUCAAAUCAAAACUCCAGAAGAAGAGAAAGUGACAUGUAGGACCACGUCAUCUGCAAAAAGCAGGAGGCAGUCCUGAGGUCACCCAGCUGGAUGACAUGUCUGCACAAGAACAACAGCAAAAAUAUCUUGUUCUAACAUGAAUAGGAUCAUGUCACAAGAAACUUUUCACAUCAGAGAUAAAGUCAGAAAAAUUGUGGACUUUGAGUUAAGUUUUUUUAUUUUAUUAUUUUCUCUUUUGUGUCACAUUUUCUUUGUGUUACUUCUGGAAUAAUUAGCUUUUGUUGUUUUCACCAAGUCUGUCAAACUCAGAUUUGAUCUGAGUGGGCUUUGUAUGAAUUAUUGCAUUUUAUCAUAUUAGCAGCAAUUGCAAGUAAAAUGGUUCCCACUUAGAGCAAAGUAAGCAAAAAAGAAAACCAAGUCUCUCCACAUUUGCCAGUAAGCAUCAAUGUCUGGACUGAUGUAUCCAGUGAUUUUCCCUAAGUGUGAACCAGUUUACUCAGAUCAAAUUGCAGGUUUUACUGGUUUCAGGGGACCAGAUAACCAAGAAUGAGAAUGUGAGCUUCUACAAUAACAUUAGCUACAAUGUUCUGCUAAAAAUCUGUGCGGUGAAGAGGUUGUCAUCAUGCUGGGAGUCAGUAACCUGUUGCUCAGUUAUUGGUUUGUGAAAUAGAUUAUAACAGACUGAUCUCGGGUCCUGGCAGCUUCAAUCAAACUUCAAUCUUAGUGCUGAGUUUGAGUAAACUUGGCCGAGACACAGAACUGGAGAGACACUGGAAUUACUGGACCUGACACGCUGAGCCAGACUGCUUGGAGUUGGGUUGCCUGAAGACCUCGCAAAGGAACAAGAGUGUACAGACUUCUAAUCCAGUGGAAAAACUAUCUCAGAUAUGGAUUUCACAGACUAGUUCCUUUUCAACCCUCGAAGAUGAGCUCAUCAGUGAAAUUAAUGGGAUCCAGGGUUUGUGUUGAUCCCAAAGCUCCAAAACUUGUGUGGAAUUUACCAUUUCCUCCACAACCUCUUUUUUCCAUGACUCCAGCACUGAAUUCACUGCUUGUCCCACCACCCUGAAGACUGUUUUUAUGCUGGAAAAUCAAAUAAGCUCCUUCAUUACUUCCUAAUAGCAACUUUAAUAGUGGUAUUGUGUGAUCACAGACUCAUGGGGGGUCUUAAUGAGGGCCAGAGAUGACGUUGCCUUUGAAAAACGUUGCUUAAUGAGAGGAAGUACUAUACCAUAUGGUCUUUACUGCCCUUUAUUCUAUACCUCUCUUUGUCUCUUUAAAGUUAUCUCUAGGUACGAGAAGCACAGUCUGUAAACAUGCAGCAAUAGAAAUCUUAAUGUUAGCCAACACAAACGUAUUUAGGACAGACUGAGCAGUGUGCAUCAACUACUGUAUAUGAACCACAUGCAUGCAGGCUUUUUUUUUUUACAGCCAGUCAGCAGAGCAGUUGAUAUUCCAGAUCAGUGGAGUUAGCAGUGGUUAGUCAUUUGUUGGGUCCCUAAUCUAUAUCUUCCUCACAGGCAGGAACAGGUAUGUACAACAUCAAACUCCUCACAACAUUAAAAAAAAGCUACUCUUGAACAAUGACAGCAGAGCAAAUUUGUUCAUUUGCAGCUCAGAAACACAGAUGUGCUGUUAUGUACACUACCGUUUAAAAGUUGGGGUCACCCAGACAAUUUCAUGUUUUCCAUGAAAACUCACACUUUUAUCCAUGUGCUAACAUAACUGCACAAGGGUUUUCUAAUCAUAAAUGAGCCUUUUAGCACCAUUAGCUAACACAAUGUAGCAUUAGAACACAGGAGUGAUGGUUGCUGGAAAUGUUCCUCUGUACCCCUAUGGAGAUAUUCCAUAUAAAAUCAGCCGUUUCCAGCUACAAUAGUCAUUUACCACAUUAACAAUGCCUACACUGGAUUUAUCAUUCAUUUAAUGUUAUCUUCAUUGAAAAAAAAAACUGCUUUUCUUUAAAAAAUAAGGACAUUUCUAAGUGACACCAAGCUUUUGAACGGUAGUGUGCAUCAUAUAAUACUUUCAUUUAAACCACUGCAGAUAUUUUCAGUAUACAGUUCUUCAAAGGCAAAAUACAGUAGCCAGAUAUUUGUUUUUGACCCAUUAGAAAUAUGUCAUUUCAGAGAAAACAGCUUUUGAAAUGUGGAGUAACUGAAAAACAAAUCAAAAACGAAUGCAGCAUGUGUACAAUGCACACUUAAUCUCUGCAUUCUCUGCUGUGGAAAGUCACAGUUGAAGUUAAAGUCUAGAUAACUAACUUUUUAUAGGAAGACAGCUGACUUCACGACUAAAGUCAGAGUGCUGUGGAAAUGGCCACUUAAAGCCAUGUUUUGACUCGUGAAUUUGAAGUGAUUUGGUGGUUAAUGGUGGCAUAUUGAACUGCACUGAGUUGUCAGUUAAUGCGUUGAUUUUAAAAUAAUUAUUCAGACAGAAACUUAGUAGACUGUAAGUCAUAAUUAAAGUAAGGAGAAUUUUCCUAAACAGAAUUGUUCAAAUGGACCGCGUGCUGAGAGAACACAGCUGGUUGGUAGAUGCUGCAGAAUGCCACCUGCUGUGAGCUAUGAGAUGAAGUGAAGACUCCAGUGCUGUACGACUGUUUCUCUGCUGACUUUUUUCCUGUGCCCUGCAAGUUAUAUUACGGUACACAGGACUAUUAUUUUGUAGAAUCUUGUAUUUGAUUCAUUUAAAAGACACAACAGAGCUGCACCAAUUAGAGAACAAUUUUAAAAAAUAGUCCUUUUAAUAAUUUUUCAAACAAAAUUGAUGCUGACAUUUCAAAUUUGCUGCAUUUUUUUUUGUUUUGUAUGAAAACAAACUCGAUAUUUUGUAGUUUGACUUUUUGUAAGACUUUUUUUUACAUCUCACACAUUAAUACAGAAAUAAAAUUCAAGUCUCUGGAAUGAAAAGAAAGCAGACUUCUGAUCCUCCCACCUUUAUAGUCUUGUAAUUUCCAUGCAGUCCCUUUAAGGAGCGUUAGGAUCCCUUGAGAUGAAUGUUUGACCUUUUGCUGCAGACUGAAAGUUGUUUUAUGAAAUGCCAUUGCCUUCCCCUGUUUUUUGAAUGUAUUUAAACUUUUGCCAUUAUCUGGGUGGGAUGACAGUGAGGUAUCUGUGCGGGUCACUGGAGAAGAGAUGGAAUCAACUUUGGAGUUUUGGAAUCCACCCCAGGACACUUAGGACUACUCCUUAAUCACAACCUACACCUGACAGCCACCCAGAGAUUAGCUGAGUCAUGUAAUGCACAGUUCGUCCACACGGUGGCGCUGUGGCUCCAUGGAGCUCCUCUCUGCAGCGUGUGGAGGUGGGACCGGUGUGGACUCUUUCUGAUCACUGUCUCUGUUUUGUAGCAAUAGUGUGAACAUGUGGCUGGUUGAUGGAUGUCUAACAGGGCUCAUGCUGUACCUUCACUCUAAUCUGACUCAUGCAAUCCAUUAUUACCGAUCAGCUUUUUUUUUCAUAACUUGAUUACACAGCUGAUUUCUGUGAGCAGGUUUGACACUGACUGUCUUUUUAUUUUCUUCCUGUGAAUUUAAGAGCAAAAGUGCAACAGAUCUGGCCUUAAUAGAUAUGACAAUGACAUUUCA